CCGCGCCGCUGCCCCGCUGCGGCCACACCUGAGGGGCGGCCGCGCCCGCGCCGCGGAGGAAGAGGAGGAAGAGGAGGAAGAGGCGGCGGCGCUGGCGCGGCACCGCCAUGGCCGUGGGGGCGCGCCUGGCCGCCGCGGCGAGGGGCCGGCGUGCCCGCGGCGGGGCGGCCGAGGAGCGGGUGGCCAUCCUGCGGGGCGAGGAGGAGGAGGAGGCGGCGGCGGCGGCGGCCGGGGGGGCCGCGCCGUCGGGGGCCGGCGCGGCGGGGCGGGCGGUGCGCUUCGCCCUGCUGCCCGAGCGCUACGAGCCGCUGCGGCCGCCGCCCGCCGCCGCCGCCAAGCGGCCCCGGCGCGGGCGGCUGAGCAAGUACGGCAAGAACGUGGGCAAAGCUCUGCGGAAGGGAUGUCGCUACUUGGUGGUCGGCCUGCAAGGAUUAGCCACGGCCUAUUCCUCCCCCUUCGGAGUGGCGGCUCAAGUGGCAUCGCUCGUCCGCUAGCUAGCGCGGCUCUGCUCGUCCCGGGGCACAGGAGAUCAGCCUUCGCGGAGCGCUGCGCUCUCUUGGAGCUGAAUCGUUCGCUUGCUGAGAAACCAAAGGCAGCGUCGCCGGUGGCCUGCUCCCCCCUUACCCCGGACUGAGCGCUCUUCCCUGCAAAAAACUCUGGCGCUUUACAACCAUUAAAAUCGGAUCGGGUCAAAGAACACGCGACUUAGACUAAUUGGACUGAAGUGUGUUAUUAGGCAUGGUUUGGGUUUCUAAAGCCUUGUGAAAGGGAGCCAAGGACAGAUGGAAAAGCAAGUAGAUGAGGGAGAGAGAAACGUGUGAGAGUAGAAGAGGGGUGGCUGGGGAGGGAGGUGGAGGGCAUCUGAGUCUGCCUUGAAAGAGGGGCUGUUGAAGUAGUGAAGGAAACAAAUAGCGAGAGAUCAGGAAAAGGCGGCUUCAGUUUGUGUGUUUUGUUUGGUUGUGCUUUUCCCCGAGGUGGCUGAAAUGAUCCAUAUGCUUAAAAAUGUGCCUGGAUAUCAAUGGACUGUGGUCUGAAACAGCGUGGGCUUUGCUGUCCCUCUGUCGUUCAUCUCAAACACCGAAAAUCACGAGUCCUUCCAAUCUUAAGCCUGUUGUAAAAAUCAUAAGAUCUUUAAGAAAAAAGAAAUGUUUUCGCCUUCCAGUUUGUCUCCUGGGCAUUAAGAGUUCACACUAAUCAAUAUUUUCAAGCUUUCUUCUGCUGCUGUGAAAUCUUAUGUAUAUUUUUUUUACUGAGAACUGAGUUUAUAUCCAAUUUUCCUGAUUCUGGAAGCUGGGGCUUUAAGAACAACAAAUACUCUCGUGUUUGCUGGAGGAAAAAAAAAAAAAAAAAAAAAGAUUACCAGCUGCACCUGAAAAA